GGCAACGAGGAGCGAUAGAGUAGUGCUAGGUUUGUUCAGGUUGAUUUGAGACUUCAACGCCAGGUCGAUACAUCCUUCUAAAUCUCAGAAAGCCACCCUGUCUCUCGCAUGAUAUCCCAAGCAAGGUGAGAAUAACAAAGACGACACUAACUGGAUGACAUUCAUGUUUUAGACCUGCACAUGAGCAGUGUAUAGGAUAUACCGUGUGACAGACAACUAGCAUAAUAACAACGUUAUUCACCCUGUCGUCCUCCUCCAUCCUGGAAAAACCAAGAAUGCCAAAUAUUAAAAUAUUCAGCGGGAGUUCUCAUCCGGACCUGUCGCAGAAAAUUGCCGACCGUCUAGGACAAGAGCUGGGGAAAGUUGUCACCAAAAAAUUCAGCAACCAGGAGACAUGCGUGGAGAUCGGCGAGAGUGUGCGUGGCGAGGACGUGUAUAUCGUGCAGAGCGGCUGCGGCGAGAUCAACGACAACCUGAUGGAGCUGCUGAUCAUGAUCAACGCCUGUAAGAUAGCCUCGGCCUCCCGCGUGACGGCCGUCAUCCCCUGUUUCCCUUACGCCCGGCAAGACAAGAAGGACAAGGUGGGGAGCCGAGCCCCUAUCUCGGCCAAGCUUGUGGCCAACAUGCUGUCUGUGUCGGGAGCUGACCACAUCAUUACCAUGGACCUGCACGCAUCCCAGAUACAGGGUUUCUUCGAUAUCCCUGUGGAUAACCUGUAUGCGGAGCCUGCAGUGCUGAAGUGGAUCAUGGAGAACAUCCAGGAGUGGAAGAACUGCAUCAUCGUCUCCCCAGACGCAGGCGGCGCCAAGAGGGUAACAUCCAUAGCGGACCGGCUCAACGUGGACUUUGCCCUGAUCCACAAGGAGCGCAAGAAGGCCAACGAGGUGGACCGCAUGGUGCUGGUGGGGGACGUGAAGGACCGCGUGGCCAUCCUGGUGGACGACAUGGCCGACACCUGCGGCACCAUAUGCCACGCUGCCGAGAAGCUGGUGUCGGCAGGAGCCACUAAAGUGUACGCCAUCCUGACCCACGGCAUCUUCUCUGGCCCGGCCAUCUCCCGGGUGAACAACGCCAGCUUCGAGGCCGUGGUGGUCACCAACACCAUCCCCCAGGAGGACAAGAUGAAGCACUGCAGUAAAAUACAGGUGAUUGACAUCUCAAUGAUUCUGGCGGAAGCCAUCAGACGGACACAUAACGGGGAGUCGGUCUCCUACCUGUUCAGUCAUGUACCAUUGUAAUGACAAAACUUCGGCCUCAUGGACACAUGUAUAAACACACACACACACAUACAUACAUGGUGAUGCACACACAUGCACACUCACUGAGAUACAUAUACAAACAGACUGACACAUCUACACCAUGACAUACAAACACACACACACACACACACACACACACACACACACACACACACUCGCACAUACAGUGUACACACACACAUGUAGACGCACACAUACAUGCACAGUACAAACAUGUUACUGUCUACUUCAAUGGCCUAUCUUCUUCAACCCUUUGCCCAUAUUUUUCCAGCUCCAUACACGUUCUUUCAGUCUGAUUGCCUCGGCAGCUGUGUGUGUGUGUGUGUGUGUGUGUGUGUGUGUGUGUGUGUGUGUGUGUGUGUGUGUGUGUGUGUGUGUGCGUGCGCGCGUCAUGCAUGUACAUGAGUGCUAUGUGAUGCCUAAAGUGGGGUAUAACAGAAAGCAGGUCUGGUGAUGACCUGGCUACUUGUAUGAGCAAGUGGUAAAUCUUGUAAUAUGAGAGCACAGCGACCUUGUUUUGAUUGAGGGAUGAACCUCUAAGUCUUAUAUUAGGAGGUUUACCACUCACUAAGCUCGGUUACUAAACCACGGGGGUAUUCCAAGAAGAUUGUCCAGGUGAAAUUGACAUAGAGGCAGUUGUAAAUCGGCUAAUGAAAGAGCCAGAGUCGCCAUUUUCAUAACUAGGCUAUCUACACUGUAAAACACUGCAGCCAGUUAAACAUAAAAAGGUAAGUUGGCCUCCAGUUUGUAAGUUACUCAACUCAAUUUGAGGCUUUCUGAAGUUGAAUUAACUUACAAACUUAAGGCAGCAGGGCAACUUAUUGUUUUACGUUUAACUGGCUGCAAUAUUUUACAGUGUAUGAGCAGCUCUAACACACUUCCCGUUGUAUGUUAACUUAGCCAGGUUUAUCGCUUACCCAUCUUCUUGGAAUUCCCCCCUCGUUUUUCAAAAUUAGCCCCAGUACACUCGUGUUUGUUUACUGGAUGGUGGUCUUGAUGGUCUGCUGGGGUCUGAGAACGGGGCAGUCCUCAUAGAUACAGAACACUAGGUGUCACAUUCAGGGCCGUAAUAAAGUAACUUUUUUCACCACCAGCCAAAACGACUUGUAGAUGGUAAUACACACACGCACUAAUGGGUCAAAGUGGCUUGUAAGUGUUUUUUUCAACAAUCCAAAACUAAAAUUUAACCAGCACAGGCUGGUGUUUAUUUAGAGCCCUGCUCACAUUUAACCUUUUGGCAUGGCCAACCUCGGGCGCCCCCAUCUUGGUAUAUGGCGUUCCUAUGCUUUUCACACCAUCAGUUGACAUGUUGUUUUACCGCCAUCUAUAGGAGGAUUUGCAUAUUGCCUUGUUGCCAGGUGAUGUUCAUACAAGCAGCAUUGCACCUGCACAAACAUUGUGGCGAAUCAAAGUGAGACAUCUAGUUCUGUAUCUAUGAGCCUGGGGAGUCCUACUCCUUCUCCUACAGCCUCUUGUCUUGCCAAAACACAGUGAAAACCAUCGUCUGUUUUUUUUUAAUGUUGUUACUGUUGUAAUGUUUUUUUUCCCUCCUCUCUGGAUUGUAUUAUUUUGAGUUGUCAAUUAUUUUUCUGUGUGUGUAUAUUUGUUCAGGUACGGUAGCUUUUGGGUUUUUGUUUACUACUUGCAUUGACUGUGUUUAGCCAUUCUAUCUGCAUGAGGCUGCACCAACCACCUAAAGAUAAAACUGGAGGAAACACUCUACAUCAUUUAUUUAUCGAAAUGUUGAAGUGUUCUGUUUAGCCGUUGCUUGUGUAGUUCUGACUGGACACUUGCCAUAUUUAUAUGUAACACACACAAACACACAUACUUGCGAUUACAUACAGGCAGCACAUGUUACACUUAUACGGUACGAUGCCGCUGUUGUUUGAGAGUCUGAUUCUUUAUUUGAGGAGAGGAGAAGCCUGUUGCCUUAAAGGAGAGAAGAGGAGGUCUCUACAGUAGCAGAGAUGAGAGAGGACUGCUCAUCUCCCUGUUGAGAAUGAAUGGACAUUUACGAGUCAAGAUAGAAAUGAUUUGUCCGAAUGGGGACAAUGUGUGGACAGCUAUAGAAUGAGAAUAAAUCAUCUCAAAGCUACA